GGAAGUGGCUGGGCCUGAACCUGGCACGGGGCCCGACCCAGGAGCCCGGGCAUCCCCUCCCCAGCCAUCAGCGCGGCCUUCCGAAGCCACUUGUAGGGGUCCAGAGACCCCCCCCCCCGCUUCUGCCAUCUCUUCUGUGCUCUGAGCCCUGGUGACCUGUGGCCGGCAGCCUAGGGGGUGGCACCCACAAACUGGUGUUGUGAGACUCGCUCGUUGUGUGUUUCUUUCCCCCCCAACCCCCCUGGAGAAUUGGACCGAUCUCCCUUCAUCACCCGGAAAGCGGGAAGAGCCACUCUCUCCUGCCCUUCUCGUCUCUGACUUCUUAUUGAUUGGGACGUGGUGGGGACCAUCCCAGCCUGACCGCUGAGAGUCAAGGAAUUGCUGAGAUUCUGCACCCGUGCAGGCCCUGUAACCUAGACAAUUUGUUUACAGAAAGUUCAGGAGCCCUGGAAAGGCCAAGGACUAAGACGCCAGGAGGAAGAGAGAGAGAGGGUAGAAUGGAAGAAUCUCACUUCAAUUCUAACCCGUACUUCUGGCCGUCCAUCCCCACCGUCUCAGGACAGAUCGAAAACACGAUGUUCAUCAACAAGAUGAAGGACCAGCUGCUGCCGGAGAAGGGCUGUGGGCUGGCCCCGCCCCACUACCCCACCCUGCUCACCGUCCCCGCCUCCGUCUCCCUCCCCUCCGGCAUCGGCAUGGACGGGGAGGCCAAGUCGGAGCAGCUGACCCCGCACAGCCAGGCGCCGGCCACCCAGAACAUCACGGUGGUGCCCGUACCUUCCACCGGACUCAUGGCUGCCGGCGUCUCCUGUUCGCAGCGGUGGAGAAGAGAAGGGAGCCAAUCGAGGGGUCCCGGUCUCGUGAUCACGUCUCCCUCCGGAUCUCUCGUGACCACAGCCUCCUCCGCUCAGACCUUCCCCAUUUCGGCUCCCAUGAUAGUGUCCGCUCUCCCCCCCGGCUCCCAAGCCCUGCAGGUGGUCCCCGAACUGUCCAAGAAAGCGGGGUCCACUCUCCCGGAGGAAGGUGGCGGUGGCGGCGGCGGNGGCGGCGGUGGCGCCCCCCCCAAGGCGCCCCGGGGCCGUAAGAAGAAGCGGAUGCUGGAGUCGGGGCUCCCCGAGAUGAGUGAUCCAUACGUCCUCGCCCCCGAGGACGACGGCCACCAGAAGGACGGCAAGACCUACAGGUGUCGCAUGUGCUCGCUGACCUUCUACUCCAAGUCGGAGAUGCAGAUCCACUCCAAGUCGCACACGGAGACCAAGCCCCACAAGUGCCCGCACUGCUCCAAGACCUUCGCCAACAGCUCCUACCUGGCUCAGCACAUCCGCAUCCACUCGGGCGCCAAGCCCUACAGCUGCAACUUCUGCGAGAAGGCCUUCCGCCAGCUCUCCCACCUCCAGCAACACACACGGAUCCACUCCAAGAUGCACACAGAGACCAUCAAGCCCCACAAGUGCCCGCACUGCUCCAAGACCUUCGCCAACACCUCCUACCUGGCUCAGCACCUCCGCAUCCACUCGGGCGCCAAGCCCUACAACUGCUCCUACUGCCAGAAGGCCUUCCGCCAGCUCUCCCACCUCCAGCAGCACACACGAAUCCACACUGGGGACAGACCGUACAAAUGCGCACACCCCGGCUGCGAGAAAGCCUUCACGCAGCUCUCCAACCUGCAGUCCCACAGACGGCAGCACAACAAAGAUAAACCCUUCAAGUGCCACAACUGCCAUCGCGCGUACACGGACGCGGCCUCGCUGGAGGUGCACCUGUCCACGCACACGGUGAAGCACGCCAAGGUGUACACGUGCACCAUCUGCAGCCGGGCCUACACCUCGCCGCACUUCCAGCCCCCUGGGGCGGCCGCCCAGGGCGGCGGUGGGGCGGACAGCACCCCCAACCCCCCGCCCCAGUGUUCCUUCGACCUGACGCCCUAUAAGACGGCCGAUCACCAUAAGGACAUCUGCCUUACGGUCACCACCAGCACCAUCCAGGUGGAGCACCUGGCCAGCUCGUAGAGAUCCUCUCGGUGCCCCUCAGCCCUCCUGACAGACGCCCCUCCCCCGGAGGGCGAGGAGGGGGCCCGGCCCCCGGCCCCCUCCAUCCCCGGCGGGAGCCGCGGCAUCCUCCCCUUCUCUCGACAAACCUUGGGCCUCCGACGCAGCUCUCAUCCGCGCCCCCCACCGCUCUCCAAAAGGAACCACAGCCUUCCUCACUGGCCAAGGGGUCCGGAGCCGCAGGCGUCAUCCCGCAGCCCCUACCAAGCAGUGCUUUUCACACGGGGGCUUGGUGCUCAAGGGAAGGCUCGAGCUGUGACCGGACAGAAGCCAGUCCAGCCCCAGCCCUCGGCCUCCCUCCUCCUCGGCCUCGGAGCUGGGGGCUGGUCGCACACUAGAGGCUGGCCCUCCCCCCAGGAACAGACAAGGGGGAGCCCCAAGUGCAAGUCGCCCCCUUCCUGCCUGCCUGCGAAGAACAGAGGGUUCCCCGUUCUCCUCAGAGCCAUCUGCCCCCUCCCCCCCGCUCCGCUCCUGCUGUUGCUCAUGGGGGGAGGAAUCGGGAGGCUUGGACCGCUUUCUGUUUGUUUGUUUGGGGUGGGGGGGCAGGGGCUGGGAGGUGGUCCCCAAGGGGCCGUGGAUUCCCUCCAGGAGGCUCAGAGUGGGAUAUGAAUUUCCUUCGAGCCUCCUUCCCCCUUCUCUCCCAAGGCCUUGUACCCCGUCCCAGGGCCAAGAAGCUAUGAGGAGUUUUGUCCUCUGUGACCCCCUCUCCCCCAAGAGCCAGGGCGGUGCAAAGAAGGGAGAGUUAAGACCCCAGGACUGAACUUAAUCUCCCAUGGUGCCACGGUCAGAUGCUGGACAUGGAUUUAUAUAUAAAUAUAUAUAUAUAUAUAUAAAUAUAUAUAUACCCGCUCAUCACGGCCAUCUUUGUUGUAACCAUUUCUGUGUUUAUAAAUGCAUUAUCUCAGAAUUUUCA